GCUCUUCUUCUUCGUGCAGCCCGACGAGCUCCCCCCAAGCCACCGACUUCUAUUUCUUGAGGAAAUUGGUAACAGGCUUGAUUUUUCCCUUCCUUUUCUUGAUAAAGAACUGAUUUUAGGACCUAGAACCCUCCCUUUGAAGUAGGAAUUUCUAGAUCUGUUCUGCUCCUCCUCCCCUGUCCGCCGGUGCUGCUAGGUACGAAUUUCUGGGCAUUUCUCUGUUCCCGUGACAUCCCUUCCCCUUUCCCGAUUUCUGCCGAGCUCGCCAGAUCCGGCUUCUAUUGCUGAAAAUAUUCUGGUAAGUUAACAGCCCUCUAAGCCUGAAAUUUCAUCAAUUAAUUACUGCCUUGUUUUGUUGAAUUUCAUCAAUUAAUUACUGCCUUGUUUUGUUGAAUUUCAUCAAUUUGUUGCUGCCCCGUGUUGUCCGAAAACCCUCUGUUGUGCUGCCCGAAUUUCUGCAGAAAUAUGGAAGAAUUCGGUAGCAUAAAAUGGGUUUUGGGUUGCUAAUUCGUGUAGAAUUCUAUGCGGUUGUCCCGGGAAUCAUUUUGGCUGUUUGAAGUUGUUUUUAUGCCAUUUUAGUUAUCCUGAAGAAAUUGUUCUGAUUGAUUGCUGGUAGAUGGAAAUUUGUGGCAACGAAAAUUAUGAAAAUUUCCUUGAUUAGCUACUGCUUUGCCAAAGAUGGAAAAUUGAAUAAAAGUCAUGCUCCCUAUUGUUUGCCUGUGCUGUUGUGGCUUAGAGCUCUGGGGUCGAGUUUCCUGUUUUAUGCGAAGUGAGGUAGUGUGACCCCAGACUCGAAAAUCAAGGGGAGUGACAUGGUAGAAGGCUAGCCACUUGAGAUUUGACAUAGAUUCUAGAUAUAUAUACCAUGCUCUUGUAAGUUAGAUUUUAAUUGGAAAUUUUAUGGUAUCAAAACUGAUUUUGUUGAGUAAGUUUCGAGCCUUGUGCACUUCUGGGACCCGUCUCACAAGUUUACGGCGUCUGUUACGCCCUUGGAUUUGGGUUUUGGGGCGUGACACAUAUCACGCCCCAAAACCCAAAUUUGAGACGCGACAGACGCCGUGCACUCAUGAGAGGGUCCCACAAAUGCACAAGGCUCGAACUUAUCAUACCAUACUCUGAUACCACCAAAAUCGGAAGAUCAAAUUUUAUAAUUUGCUCUAAUAUCAUAAAUCUCCAAUAAAAUCUAGCUUACAAGAUCAUGAUUUAUUUCUAAAAUCUAUAUCAAUUUACAAAAUGGCUAGUCUUCUAACUCGUCACUUCCUGUGGUUUCUCCGUCUUGGGUUUCGCUUCCUGAAAUGGUGAACAAGAAAAAACUAUGAGAUAAACUCAGUAAGUAAAAUAUGGAGUGCCCC